AUGGCUCAGGUUGACAUCACGUUCCUGCCUGUGCUCGCACGAGAUAGUUCCCAACGCGAUCGCGAGCUAUAUCAGGCUACUGCGAGAUCUCAUGCGGCCAGACUAUCACACAAGUGGCGGCAGCAGAAGCGAUUUGCCGCCGACAUUGCACAUCACCAACGUCAGCAGAUUGCCGAAGAACAACAACUGCCGGCUGGCGCCAGCGAAGCAGCAUGGAGCAACGCGUUGAUCGCGCCAGGUCUGGCCUCGGUCCUUCAAAAGGGCAACUCGGACCCGUUUAAUGCUCUGGCAAUUCAUGUUACCCCCCGUGUCAACCAGAUCUUGACAUUCUUCAAGCAUGGCUAUCUGCCAAUGAUCUAUCCGGCCUUUAUGGGCUCGGAGGACGCCAUCCGACGGAUCUCGGCCUUGCAGACUCAGGAAUACCGAAACGGUAUACAGGCGCUCCGCCUUGAAUGCAGCGCCCGAGCUCUUCUCUUCAUCAACGUGGCCUUCAUGAUCAAAGUCAACCCUCAUCAGGGCUUGGAGGAUGAGGCGCUCCUCCUCAAGCACCAAAGCAUCAAGGCGCUCCGUCGCGAAUUAGUCAAGGGGAGUGUCGCUCAGACACAAGCGCUCGUGUUGGACAGCGUGGCGAUGCUGUUCCGCGGAGCUCUGAUCGCCGGGGACCUGGACGAAGCGGCACUUCACGCCACCACUUUGCGAAGCCUGCUGGUGCAAAAGUAUGAUCGCGAGGGCGGCGUCUUCGAUCUCGGCUUCCUCUUGCGAGUCCUGUACCAGAACAAGCAGCUGUCGGUUUUCAGCUUCUCGCUGUCUAUCUUUGACGUCGAGGAGUGGGUGCCGAAAGUGCUCGCGGCUUAUCUGGAGCCGUCCAAGGCUUACCUGGAGCCUUUCCAACAGGCCGUGCGCCGCAGACUCGAUCCUUGCGUCUCGGCAGAGCCCCUCCGCUCUUUGUUCGUCGAAAUGAUCCUGGGAGAUCACAUGCUGGGUCUCCCUGCGGAAUCGCACCCCGGAGAGCAGCUGUUCUCGAUGGUCCAAGUCUGGAUCCACAUCCAGGGGACCAUCCUGCACAGCCGUUUGGUCGACUUUAUUCUGAAGACUGAGGCCCUGCACCACCUCAAAUUCGACCCGGUCACGGAGACGCCAAUGCCGAACCCUGGCGAGAACCUCUACUGGCAGACUCAGCGGGCGCUCGCGCUCACGUUCCUCAUCAUGUUCGAGUUCAACCGGACGAACCUGGAGUCGGUGCAGACCGUCUUCGUCAACGCGCGGGACUAUAUCGCCCGUCUCAGAUCCGCCCUGUCACUGACCAUGCACGCUGCAGAGCUUGCGCGUGACCCCACCAAUUGGUCUGGUAGUGGCGAUAGUGACCCUGCCGCAGAUCCGGCUCCGGUCGAACAACACAACGCCCUUCUCUACGCUCUCUGCGUCGGCAGUUGGACGGAGAAGAAACACAACCCUCCAUCCUCACAGUACGGCGGCGGCGGUACCGGAAACAGUGACGACAGCCGUGACGGUAAUGACGACCCCAAUGCAACCCGCAGCUCCAAUGGCAAUGACAAUGACCAUGACAAUCCCGAUGACACCUGGUGGUUCGCGACCAACCUCGCGCGGCACGCAAGAGAGAUGGGGUUGAACGGCUGGGAGGAAGUCAGAAGCAUCUUGCACGGCUUCUACGAUGUUGACGCCUACAUGCCUGGCCUGGAUGAGUGGGUCAAUGAACUCCUCGCGAGGAAUACUAACUAG